CGAGAUAGUAGUGUAGCUCGAGAGAGUCUCUCAGGAGGCUGGAUUAGCCACAAGUUGUGGUGAACCAGGGUAAAUUUGGUGUGCCUCUUACUCUUCUCUUUACAUCUCUUUUAAAUUUUUUAAUUCCUGCGAUUUCUACGAUCAAACGCUAUUAACCCCCCCUUUAGCGUUGGUCUAUUAUUUUAACAAUUGGUAUCAAAGCCUAACUUGCGUCCAAACUUAACCUUUUGAGAGUAAAGCGAUCAUGGGUUCUUCUUCUAGAAAUCUUUAUGCAGGAAUUGGAGAAGGUCAAUCAACCUCUAGGCCACCGCUUUUUGAUGGCACCAACUACACAUAUUGGAAAGAGCGGAUGAGAAUUUAUAUCCGCUCAACCAACUUCCAGUUGUGGUUGGUCAUCAAAAACGGCGAAGAAACGCCAAUGAUGAAGGUCGGUGAAAAACUCGUCCCAAAGACCGAGGACGAAUUUGAUGCCGAAGACAUCCAAAAGGUGGAGAACUACGCCAAGGCAAUCAACAUGUUGUACUACGCGGUCAACCCCGAUGAUUAUCGCAAGAUCUCUUGCUGCACCACCGCCAAAGAAAUGUGGGACAAGCUGAAGGUCACAUAUGAAGGUAUGGACCAAGUUCGGGAAGCCAAAAUUGACUUCCUAACGCAGGAGUACGAAAUGUUUAGGAUGAAGGAAGGCGAAAAGAUCGAUGACAUGUUUGAUCGGUUCUCAAAGAUCAUCAACGACCUUCAUGCUCUCAAAAAGACUUACGCCAACAAGGAUCUCGUGAGGAAAAUCCUGCGGAGUGUCACACCCGAAUGGAGAUCAAAGGCUGACGCAAUCUAUGAAUCCAUUGGAGUCUCCAACGUCACCAUUGACGGGCUAAGAGGUAACCUCAAAACUUAUGAAUCUACUAUUCUAACCCCGUCUUUGGAUGAACAAAAGAAGAAAGGAAUAACGCUCAAAGCAACCAAGGAGACCGUAGAAGAAGUCUCAAGUGAUGAUGACAACAAGUUCGGACUCGUCAUCAAGAAAUUCCACAAAUUCAUGAAGAAGGAAUUUGAACGAAAAGGAAGAAAGCACGUCGGUCCCCCGAAGUGCUAUGGUUGUGGCGAGAUAGGCCACAUCAAGCCGAGGUGUCCAAAAGGCAAAAGCGGCAAGGACAAACCUGGCUUCAAAAAGCAACGUGCCUACAUCUCAUGGGGUGGCGACUACGGCGACGAGUCAACUGACCAAGAAGAGGAAGAAGCCGCCAACCUCUGUCUCAUGGCACACGAAGACCACGCCGACGAAAUACAAGAGAGCAAGGCCUCCAAGAAGAAGACCAACAUCGAAGCUACGACCUCUGCGCCCCAGCCGUUUCCCUAUCUAGACGGCUCAUUUCUUAAGUUCGGGUCAGAGGAAGAACUCACACACUUCCUCAAUCACUUUGCCAAAUGCCUGAUUUCUCCGCCCAUGGUGCUGCCCGAGCUAUACCCUCAACAAAAGGGGUACCACGACCUCGACAAUCAGCUUCAAGCGUCGGGUCUGUGGUCGUUCGUCUCCAGGAGCCGUCAGUCCUACAAUCCCGCCUUUGUCCGGGCCUUCUACUCCAAUCUCCGCCGUGACGGGGACACCAUAUGCAGCAGCAUCAAUCUCUACGACAUAGAGAUUGAUUUGCCUACCUUUGCUCGGGUCGCAGGGCUGCCCAUCCGCGGUGACGACAUCGCGACUUAUGGUGGCGACGAUUGGAUCCUGAACAACGAGGCGAAGGCGAUUCAUGCAAUCAUCCACGGCGCCUCCAUCAAUUGGGCAAAAUUUGUCAUGAUACACAUGGCGAAUUGCGCCUCACUCGCCACCGAGCGGAGCUUGCCGUACGCCUUCCUCAUCAUGGACAUCAUCGUCUCUGCCGAUAUCCACAUCGCCGGGCCAGACACGAAGAUGACGAAGCUUUGGAUGAUCGCCGACAGCACCUUUCGGAAGAAGUCCGGAAACAGAGACGGCGCAGGCCCAAGUCGUGAACCAGCCCCCGCUCUCGCCAAGGCCUCUUUGCAAUCCAUAGCCGAUACUCUGAAUCGGCUAACCCUCACAGUGGAUGGCAUGGGGCACUCAAUCGAGCGGAUGGACUGGACGUUGCAACGCCAACACCACGACAUGAUGGCAUACUUCCGUGGCGUCAACUACCUUCCGCCACCUUUCGACAGCACCAUUCUCGGCCAAAACUUUGAAGGCAAGGAUGAGGACGACGACUCCUACGCUCCGUCCUCCUCCCCCGACGAGGCCGACUUUGAAGAUGCGGUCGACGGCGAUCCCAUGGACGUCGAGGACGACGAGGACGCCGAAGCCGACUCCUAGAAUCUUCUUUCGUUUAAUAUGAUUGUUUUUUUAAUUCUUCCCAUUCCGUUGUAUUCCGCAUUUCCCUUUUAAUGAAUAAAAAUUACUUUUAAAUCUUUUUGUUAAUGACAAAAGGGGGAAGAUAUAAAGGUUAUGCAUUAAU